AUGGGAAAACGACGUAAUAAGAACAAGGCCAAUCAAGAAGAUUUUGCUGUUUUCUCCUCCGUUUCAAACAAAACUGUGAUAGAAGUGGAUAGUGAUGACAGUGAUGAUGCAUCCUGUAUUACACAUUUGACAAUGGAUUUUGAUACGCGUAGCGCCGUUGAGGAGGAUCUGACUGAUACAGUAAUUCCUUCCGAUCAGCUGUAUGGUUUUCUUGAUAAGGCUACCAACAAAAACGUAUCCAUCCGUUUGGCUGCAAUGGGUAAUAUCAAAACCCUGUUAACUGAACGAUAUAUAGCUGUGGAUCUCGAGAAAUGGAUUUCUACCUUAAUAGAUAUUAUUGAUAAAGCGUUACGAAAAACUGAUGAGGAAGCAAAAAUUGCUGCUUCUUUAUCUGCUCUGAUUUCCAUCCAGUUGGGAGAAAAGAUUGCCAGUGAAAUAGAACCGGUCGUUAGUUUUUUAUGCCAAUUGUGCAUUGAUCCAGCUCGAAACAUUAGGUUGCGUAGCCAGUGUGCGCGUUCGGUGGCUCUUUGUACGUUCUUGUGCGUAGAACAGCCAACAUCGGUCCUUGCAACUGCUGAUACACUACGGUCUAUUUGGUUUACUGCGAAAUCAAGCGCUGCUUCUGUAAAGCUGUUUUGCGCAGCUUUAUCAGGGUGGUCUCUACUGAUCCAUCAACGGGGACGAGAAGCUUUGAGAGCUGCAUUACUAGAUGAACCCAAGUUGUCUACGUUUCUUGAUGGCACACAGGUGGAAAUGAGAAUAAGUGCGGGUAAAGCUUUGGCAGUUUUGCAUGAAGCUGCCGUAUUGACAUUCGGUGAUAAAUAUCGAUUUCCCAACCAGCAGCAUCUUCUGGAUGUCUUUGCGAAUUUGACAACCGAUUCAUUGAAAUUUCGAGCCAAAAAAGAUCGGAAAAUACAGAAGCUCACGUUCAGGCAAAUGUAUGCAUCCAUAAAGGAACAAGAAGCUCCGGUGUUUGAUGUAAAAUUUGGUGAUGAAAUACUGAGUAUAAAAUCUUGUCGAAAGAAACUCUUGUAUGAAUUUAUAUGUGGCGUUUUACAUGGCAGCAUAAAUUCGCAUCUCAAAAUGAAUCCGAUUUUAAGAGAACAGUUCGAUUUAGGACCAAUAGCUGAAAUAUUUCCAGCGAAAAUGGAAAAAAUGCGACGGGCUGCCAUACAAAAUGCAAUCAACAAAACAAGGGAUUUGCAACGGUUAAAGCAGAGGGAUAAGCGCAUCGUAUACUAA